ACCAAGAGGAUUCCUCUCUUAUUCUAUCCCGACUUCAUCCUAAGCUGGACCGCAAGCUUUAAGAGGAGAGACAGAAGAAGAGGGAAGUGCUUUGUAACUUCCUUGAAAAGGGUGAGAGUGUAAAGAGAGACAGAGAGAGAGAGCAGGGGAAAUUUCCCCUUCGCCCUCUCUCGACCCAGAUCACCGUCAGGCUGGCUGGCACAGCCAUGGCCUUCACCUUUGCGGCCUUUUGCUACAUGUUAACACUCGUGUUGUGUGCUGCCCUCAUCUUCUUCGUCAUCUGGCAGAUUAUUGCUUUUGAUGAGCUGCGCACAGACUUCAAAAAUCCCAUCGAUCAGAGCAACCCCACGAGAGCGAGGGAAAGAAUAUUGAACAUCGAAAGAAUCUGCAACCUCCUUCGAAGGCUGGUGGUUCCAGAGUAUUCCAUCCACGGGUUGUUCUGUCUGAUGUUCAUGUGUGCAGGGGAGUGGGUAACUCUGGGCCUUAACAUCCCCCUGCUCCUCUAUCACCUCUGGAGGUUUUUCCACCGUCCUGCAGAUGGGUCCGAGGUUAUGUAUGAUCCAGUGAGUGUGAUGAAUGCAGAUAUUCUGAAUUACUGCCAAAAGGAGUCCUGGUGCAAGCUAGGCUUCUACCUUGUGUCCUUUUUCUACUAUCUGUACAGUAUGGUGUAUGCUUUGGUCAGCUUUUAAGUGAUCAAAUGAAGGACGGACGAUUGCGAAAGAAAGGAGAAAAACGACAGAAUAAGGACCGAACUAUGUCGCGCUCUCCUCUCCCUCAUCCGCAAACCUUGUUCAGCUCCUCCUCAGAUCUCCUGGGUGGGGGUGGAUGAUGGACAGAUGUAGAAAAAGCUGAGGACAAGGAGGCAUUUAAAAGCCAUCAAUGUUAAGCUGCCUCAAUCACUGUCAUUA